AUGUCGUAUUUCCUGCCCAAACUCGAAUCAGGCUGGCACGUCGACCAAGCCAUCAUGGCCGAGGAGAACCGCGUCGUGAUCAUCCGGUUCGGGCAUGAUUGGGUCAGUUACAGUGAGAGAGAGAGAGCUGGACGAGAUGUGCUGGUGUUGGUGGUCGGGCGUGGGAAUGACCAUCAUGGAAUAUGACGAAUCUUACUGAAGUUUGUUUUGGUAAUCGAUCUAGGACCCGGCAUGUAUGACCAUGGACGAAACAUUGUUGGGCGUAUCGGAGAAGGUCAAGAACUUUGCCGUCAUCUGUACGUCCGAUACGGGGACAUGGCCCUACAUUACCGGGAGCACAGGCAAACAUUUUUCAAUUUCUCAUGCAUAGACACAUGCGACAUCACCAAAGUACCCGAUUUCACAAAAGUGCGUUCCAUCGGAACCGAAGGAAGCUGUGCCUUUCGAUUCCGGAUUGGGGCCCCACCUCGAGAAGCAGGCUUGAGGCUGACGAUUCGUGCCGAGGGAGGUAUUAUUUUUCUCGGAGCAGAUGUACGAACUGUACGACCCUUGCACAACAAUGUAGGCUCUUUCUCCAACCGACACCCUGGACUAGAACAUGAUUGCCUCCACACAAUCGUUUGCCUCACGUUGAGAAACCCUUUGCCUUGGCCGAUCCCACUCUCAUCACCGCAGGUUCUUCUUUCGAAAUAAACACAUCAUGAUCGAUCUGGGUACGGGUAACAACAACAAGAUCAACUGGGCGAUGGAGAACAAGCAAGAAGUACGGUGGAAGACGCAGACAACCCGCCUCUGAAAAGGGACGACAGCAGACUGACGCUCUGGUGCUUUGUUUUGCUCGUGCGGCGUACAGUUGAUCGAUAUCAUCGAGACCGUUUAUCGAGGGGCUUCGAAAGGAAGGGGUCUGGUCGUUUCGCCCAAAGGUUCGUUAAAGGGUCGAAGUUGGGUUGAACUCGGAGUGCUUAUCAAUCUUUCGUUUGCCCGAUGGGUCUUGCGCAGAUUACUCGACAAGAUACAAGUACUAA